AUGGGGAUGAGGAGUGAGCGAGAGAGAAGGAAAGGGCAAGGCGCCCUCGUGCUCCGCGCAAUGAAUGCACUAAUGUCUUUUCGUCUGGCGGGACGACGCCAGCACAGCUCCGCCCUCUUUUCCAGAGGAGACCGCCCAUUUCAGAGAUCAUUGUGAAUUAAGAGAGUGGAGAGAGGAUACUGUAUAAACAAAUUGCAGGAGAGUGCAACGACUGCGAUCGAAGGCUCGAGUUCAAAGGACGAAUGGGAAGUGAAAAAAGAAGUGGAAGAGGUGGAAGAAGACGAAGUGAAAAUGAUGGGAGAAAUGGAUGUGGGUUUGAAGGGAGAAGAGAUGAAUAGGAUAGGAAAUGAUUGCAGACCGAACUGAUGGUGUGCACAGCUCGUCAGUACGAAAGGUACCUUCUGCUGAAACUUCUGGAACAGAAGAAGCCGAGUGUCAUUGUUCUGUACACAAUGUCAUUGCAGACUCUCAGGCAAAUUGAAGUGAGAAUGGUCCAAAGACAAGAGAAAAAGAUGACUUUAUUUUUUAGAUUUAUCGGUCAACUCAUCCUCGGAGACAUCUGCAGGUAUACUGGCUGCAAUACACAGAAUCGACGGAGGAAAGCCGAUACUUGGAGUCCAUCAAUCGAGAAACUUUGGCUUUUGAAAUGCUGAUUAGAGAGCAAGGAGUGAGCAGAAGGAAAUUAUCCAAAAAUUCAUUCCAAAAUGUUUAGACCCUCAUGAUUGCUCGGGAAUUCAACGUGGAUAGAGAAGAAGCGCCUCGUCUGAAAACUUCGACGAGAGACGGAGGCGGGCUCGUCCGACGAAACAUCGAUCCCAGAGAUAUGGAAGAACCUGGGGAAACCGAUAGACCGAAGGUACAUUUUCUUUCUUCUUUCCGCAGUUUGUUCCUUUUCAGAUCAUUGUCGACAUGCGUGAGUUCAACAGCGAACUGCCGACCGUUCUCUAUACAAAGGGCUACGAUGUGGUGGCGACGACAAUUGAGGUCAGUUUUUCAGCCGACACCCCCUAGACACAAUUGGUUUUUAAUUAAAAAGUUUCUAGAUCGGUGAUUACAUUCUCUCGCCAGACAUUGCAAUCGAAAGAAAGGCAUUGGACGAUCUGACGCAAUCAUUGCAAACAGGAAGGGUUUUCAAACAGAUUGAGCAGGUAACCGAACCGUCGAACAGGCAGAAGGGAAAUGAGGAAUUCAGAUGCUCGAGCACUACGAUUGCACUGUCCUGCUCAUCGAAUCGAAUAGAAAGUUCGAGACGAAAAUCGUGAAUGGCGGACCGUUCCAGGGAGAGCUCAGUCGGCACUGUCGAGAUAUCCGCGCUCUUUUCUGCUCGUUGAUCCGCACGAAUCAAAAAAUGCGAUGUGCGUGGACAAUGUCUCCUUCCAAUUCUGCAGAGUUCUUCUCUGAACUAAAGGUUUUACCAAUAACACUUGAUCUUUCCAAGUUCCAGUUUUCAGCUAAAUGCACCUGAACCCGACGUGGAUCGUGCCAUUUCCCUGAAAGCUGAUCAAGUUGAGUCGUCCAGCCAAGAAGCGACGGAAUCUUCCACCAGCCAGCCGAAAAAAGGGAAGAAAUGGAAGCCGAAUCCGACCGUCGUGCGAACUCUCACCCAAAACUUCGGAUUGAAAGUGUCAGAGGCUCACAAUCUGCUGGAGAAUUCCAAAGUUUGUUAGAUAACUUUUUUCCAAUACCCUAAUUCUUUCAAGAUCAAAACACUGGCGGAUCUGUUCAAGCCAGCCGUCACGGCUUCUUUCCUCUCUCAAUAUAUGCCGGCAUCCACGGCGGAAUUCAUCAAAGAAGUGUCAGAAUUUAACUUUAAAAAAUAA